AUGAAAUCCAUAAUUUGUUUAGCACUCACUUUGGCUGUUGCCUCAGCUUUUGAUCCUCGCGCAGAAGAAAUCUUUGAGCACGCGCGUUACGUACCUGUGGUGAGUGAGGAGAUUGAUGGACGCAUUACAAAUGGAAAAAAUUCAUCCACGAAUCAAUUUCCUUACCAAGUCGGUCUGCUGUUGAAAACCGAUAAUGGUACGAAAUGGUGUGGUGGUUCGUUGAUUGGUCAAAACUGGGUUCUUUCUGCUGCUCAUUGCAUUGAGACUGUCACCUCCGUAAAGGUUUGUCUUGGUGCCACUGUGCGUACUAGUCCAACUAUUAUAUACAAUGUCAGCAGGAGUGACAUCAUUGUCCAUCCCAGCUGGGAUAAAAAAACCACUCAAAAUGAUAUUUCACUCAUUCGCAUUCCGAGCGUUAACUACACGGCCGCGAUUCAGCCUGUUGCCCUUCCGAAAAUUGCUUCAUCAUACCCAACUUAUGAUGGUGAAAGCGUUAUCGCCUCCGGCUGGGGUCGUACCUCUGACACUUCGAACAGCCCUGCUUCCAUAUUGCAAUAUGCUAACAUGACCGUUAUCUCCAAUGCCGUGUGUAAGGAGUCCUAUAACGGUAUUUCAGCAAACAACAUUUGUACUGCCACAACCGGUGGUAUCUCCACAUGCAACGGUGACUCUGGCGGCCCAUUGGUGUUGGCAUCCAGCAAAAUACAAGUCGGCCUGACUUCAUUCAUCUCUGGUGCGGGUUGUUCUUUGGGUUACCCAGCAGCUUUUACGCGCCUUACCAGCUACUUGGAAUGGAUUCUACAAGAAACCGGUAUUUCUGCUUGA